AUGGUCACUUUCUCCAAGCGCAAGAGUGGCCUUUUUAAAAAAGCAUUUGAGUUGUCAAUUUUGUGUGGUAUUCAAAUUGCUAUUAUUCUAUUCUCCCAUGGUGGUAAACCUUUCAGCUUUGGCAAUCCAAGUGUAGAGACCGUGGCUAACAUGUUUCUUUACCAAAAUGAAGAUGAUCAAGAGGAUGUGGGUGAGCCAUCACAAAAUAAUGAGGUUUACCAACUCAACCAGCAGGUUGAGGAUUUGAAGAACCAAUUCCAAGUGGCCAAGGAGAAAGGAGAGGUGCUUUCUAAUGGUAUGAAAAGCAAGGAUCCCCUUGGAAAAGAUCAUGCCCCUAAUUUAGAGGAGCUUCAGAAAAUGAAGGCGUCAUUAAAAGAGUUAGGUGGUUACAUGAAAGUUAAGAUCAAUAACAUGGACUUGGAGGCAGCAACAACAUUACUUGAACUUGCAAAUCAAGACAUGUUUUAA